ACACCGCCACCGUGUAGGGAGGACACCGCCGCAGGAGCAGGGCAAAGUGAACCUCUGAACCGGCGGAAAACCUCAUUUAUUUAUCAUCUAAACGGGAGGCUAAAGCUGAGACGGAACCACGGAAACAAGUCGGACAUGAGCGGGGAGGUUCCCAGCCAUCUGGCUACUGUCCCUAGCAGCACCAAAGCCACAUCAUCAGUUCACAAUACAAAGACGAUCACGCUGACAGCAGAGGAAAGGUGCUCUCCAAUCAGCUCCCAGCAAAAUGAUGUUCAGAGGCAGGGAGAGGGUAGGGGAACAAACACCACCAGCACUACACCUAAAGAUUCAAAGAGCCAGUCUGCACCCUGCAGAAUAGGUGAACAGCCACCACCUCCGCAGCACCACUGCCUCCAUUCCCCCGCCGAGCCCUCCCUCCCUCUCGGCAUGAGCCGCUCUCCCAGUCUGCUCCACCACAACAACAGCAGUGCUCUGCACAGCCACCAGAGGAGAGACGUCCGGCCCAAGGCCAAAGGAAAGAGACCGCCUCGAAGAACCGCAGCCGCGAAAAGCUCCUCAAACCGGAAAGUUACUGACUACUAUCCAAUAAGACGGAGCUCAAGAAAAAGUAAAACAGAGCUAAAGUGCGAACAAAAGAAGAAGCUCAUAGAUGAUCUCAUCAUAGAGGGAGAAGAAAAAGGAAUGGAGGUGAAAGAAAUAGAAGGAAAGGGGAGAGCAGUGUUUGCCACUCGGCGUUUCCAGAAAGGCGAGUAUGUGGUGGAGUACCACGGAGACCUGCUGCCGAUCACUGAUGCCCGAAAGAGGGAGGCCGAAUACGCUCAAAACCCUGCCACAGGCGGAUACAUGUACUACUUCCAGUACCUCUGCGAAAAAUACUGUGUGGACGCCACAAAAGAGACUGGUCGAAUGGGUAGGUUGAUAAAUCACAGUAAAAAUGGAAACUGCCAAACCAAACUCCACGACAUCAACGGCAUCCCUCACCUGAUCCUUGUCGCCUCUCGAGACAUUGACAAGGGCGAGGAGCUGCUCUAUGACUAUGGAGACCGCAGCAAAGCCUCCAUCGCUGCCCACCCGUGGCUCAAAUCCUGAUGGGAGAUGACCAGGAUGACGUACAGUACCAGUUGUGUUUCUCAUUUACUAGAGUACAAAAUGCCUUGAGCCGAAUUUGAACUGGGUGGGUUUAUCAAAUGUUCCUGGGGCAGUGGGAUUGAUUGGGUACUUGAGACCCACCUGCCUCGGCGGGUGACAUCUGUACUUUUAUUUAUAUGUGCAUAUGAAGUGUUCUGGUUGUUUUGCAGCCCAUUUAUUUUGUACAUUUUGUAUGACGUAAACACCAGUGCUUCUACAGCAUGCAGCUGGUAGCUGAUGCUCUGCAUUUUUAUACAGCUUUUUUAAUUAGUGCUUAGGUACUUAGCAAUACUUCUAUUUAUGGCGUCAGAGCCUUUUGGAUCAGCCAGAGCUAUGAGAUGCAAAUUAUAACCCCUUUUAAAAACAUAUUCUUUUUGAGUGGAAUUUAGUUUGAGCCAUGAAAACAAUCCACUACUGUGUAGUGGGAGCGUACAGUGAUAGUUCAUCAGGGUUCAGUUGUAGUUCGGAGGCUGGUAACAAAAACCUUUUGACACUGGAUCAAAGUAUUUUACUUUUUGAAGUUUGGAGCAGUGAAGAGUUUUCCUUUGUGUCUGCACAUGCUUUAUAAUAUUUAAGAUGCACAGUACAUUUGAAUGAUCAUGUCAGAAAUGCUCAAAUCAUGCAGAUCAUUUUAUGUUGUAUUUGGGUAAAUAUCCACACAGCUUUAGUUGAUAGAAAUAGACUCGAGUUAAGUUUCAUAACUAUUUUACACAAUCUCCCUUUAAUUUCAUUUACUUAUACAUCCUUCAACUGGUGACACUGCUUCUGUUGCUGCACUGUGUAAAUAUAUUUAUUGCUGGUGUAAAGGACUAGUUUGACAUUUUGGUGAACAAGUUGUCACUUUGUGAGAGUUCAGCGCGACGGUCGAUGCUACUUUCACACACCCAGUCGUGUCAAUGUAGCCACACUUUGAAGUUUCCAGGGUUUUUGACAGUCAUGUAAUAUACUUGCAUUUAAUUCAUCUAUAUUUAUUCUGAUAUAUCAGUAAUGGCCUUUACUGUCUUUGACCUUCAGUCCAAAAAUCCACAGUGUCGAGUUUGUUUUGUUGGUAGCAGUUUGAGCAAGAAACAAAACUACAAACUAAAACGGUUAAAAUAAAUGUAGAAAGCAAAGUUUUAACUGGAGCUUUACAUUCAGCGUCAGCACCUGUGAACAACAGUUCAGCCAUAAGUUCUGUCUUUACAAAGGUGAUGAUGUGCAGGUUGGUGACACUGAGGUGAAACUUCAGGUGGGGUUCACAGUGGAGGCAUCGCAUCGACAGGUUUCUAAUGAUUUGCACAUCAUAUUUACAAAUGUAAGGCUGGGGGGGUAAUGAUCGAAACACCUGUCGACAUAAUGCCAUGGCUGUAAAGUGCCAGCUCUGUCGCAGACCUGUGGACGAGCUGUCACCAAAUCCUGAAGCUUGUCAUCCUCCUGACUGUAGAACUUCUGGCCAGUCUCUUGUGUUAAGUGUUAGCACGCCCAUCACAUUGGCAUGUUAUUCUUGUUGCAGUGGAGGAACAGAUUUGUUAGAAGUUAGCCUAACUUUCAGGGGAAACAGCCACAGUUAUCACAAGUUCCCCAGAACCAUUGUUAUGCUCCUGAUCACAUAUGAGCUCAUACUUGGCUGUUGUUAGUUUUGGACAUAGGCAAGCGAGCGAGUUUCCAGGCUUUAUGUUGAGCUAAGCUAACAGGCUCCUGAUUGUAGCUUCAUAUUUAACAUGUAGACUUGAGUGUGAAUCAACCCAAACUGUCAAACUGCACCUUUAAAUUAAAACAAGCUGAAGCAUCUGCAGGAAAACCAGCUGAGACCUGAAUCUGUCACAGCGGAUGUCUGUGCACGUGUACAUGCACCAUCAGCCUCUGCAGCCGUGGGUUUGGUGAACAGUUACACUUCUGUUGUUGUAGGCCUUUCCUGUCACAUCCAGAUGUUUGCCAGCUAAACCGCCAACGGGUCGUCAUUUUACUUUGUGUGUUAGGAUUUUCAGAUGUUUUUCCAUGAAUUGUAGCCAGAAGUUCAGAUCUGAAACAUGGAUUCUCUUAUUGAUCUUCACCGUUGGUGUUUCCUGUUCCCUUGGAAAUCACUGAGAUGAGUUGUGUUGUUCUAGGUUGAUUGUUAUACAGUAUUUUUUAUGUAGUGUGCAGUUCUUCACAUUACCAUACUUGGUUUUCUGUCACAAAGCCCACUGGUGUUCCAUAUAUCUUCAUCAUAAUACACACGGCUGCAAUCAACAGUUUAACAAUGAUUGAUUUACUUUGGAUGAGUACUUUAUUAAGUGUUAUAAAGUAGUGUAAAGUCAUCGUAGCUUUCCAGAGACCAUGGUGACGCGUUUCCAGUGAUGUGAACCAGAAAAACAACAGGUCCUCAAACUCGAGUUGUUUUUCACUGGUUUUGAGAAUCGAUUAAUGGAUUAUGAAUAAAUAGUUGUUUUUAUGUUGGUCAACUAUCUGGUUAUUUGACUAAUUGAACCCAAAUAGUAGAGAAUCUGUCAUUUACAGUAUUUUAACUUGAGUCGUAAUCACUAAUUCACGGUCCACAGGAAAACGGUGACAUGUUGUGGUUUCGAUCCUGCGGUUGCACAGUUGGGUGUUCACAUCAGAGUAGUCUGUUUUAAUGGAUGGCCCUAAUCAUAUUGUGUGUUUUUGUUAAUGUCAACGAACCAAACUAAAUGCUAGUCCAUGUGUCUGGUACCUCUGGAUUUCCCUUCUCUGUUUUUGAAGAUGUAAAUCUUUACAAAUGCUUCUUGAAUAUAUACUUGAAUUUUGUUAGUCUUUAUCCAGCUUCUCACUGUAGUUUUUCUUUAAUCAAACAGGAGGAAACCGUGAUUUUGUUAGGGACUAUUUUUAGCAGUGGAUGAAUCCACAUUUGUUCUAGUGAGUGAGUGAGAGAGUGAGGGAGAGAUCGAGUCAGAACCAGCUCCAGUGUGUAUGGAUGGUGAGUGGAGCUGGACGGAGGAGGAGAAUCAGGCUGUGAUAAACACACAGGAUGUGUUGGUUUUGGUGUUUUCAUUGAUUUGAUGACAAUAAGAAGAAUAUCACCAGACUUCACUGAUCAUUCCUUCAGAGUCUAGUCAGUAUUUGCAUGUCAUGUUUCAGUACAUGCUUAACGAAGACAGAUGUGUUUGUUGUGAUUAUUAUUUUUUGUCUCCCACUAAAGUAGCAGUUUAAACAUAAGCGCCAUCACUUUUUCUAGCAGGACGACACAUUUCAUUUCAUGUACAGCACCUUCUCAUAGAAGCUGUUUGUAUUAAAGCUAGUAUUAUGUGGAUUUUAAUUGUUUUUAUUAGGAGUUUAUUAUUUAGGGGACCCUGUCUUCAAGGAAUAGUUGGAAAAUACACUUAUCUGAUUUCUUCCUGAGAGUUAAAGUUCAUACCACUCUCAUGACUGUAGGUGACAGUGGUGCAGUGGGUAGAGCAGUGGGUUGAAGGUUCGAAUCUCAGUGCCUGCAGUCCAC